CAAACCAAGACUCAGCCUCACAAAUACCCAUCGUUUUUUUGUCUCUCCUGGAAUCUCAUCAUGGAUAUCCCCAUACAGUAUCAAUGGUACCGUCGAGCCCUCCCGCGGCUGUCUGACCACUCCUUGGCAGAACCCCUCACUGACUGGCCCCUGAUCUGGCCUUUUUCUUGGUCCUUCCCCUGGAUGCGCCCUUCCUUCAUGCGCUGGUUCAACUGGCCCGACAAUGGACAGAGUGAGAUGCGCAUGGAAAAGGAUCGCUUUGUCAUUUAUCUGGAUGUGAAGCACUUCUCCCCUGACGAGCUGUCUGUCAAUGUCAGUGACGAGUUCAUCACAAUACACGCCAAACAUGAAGACAGACAGGAUGAUCACGGCUUUGUGUCAAGAGAGUUUCUGAGGAAGUACAGGCUUCCUGCCGGGGUGUCAAGUUCUGAUGUUACCUCCAAUCUGUCAUUGGAUGGCGUGCUGACAAUCACAGCACCUCGGUCAUCUCCCGGCCUAGAGCGCAGUAUUCCUAUUUCCUGUGAAGACGGAACGGAACGGAAACAGAAAAUGUAGAGUAGAGCCUGACACUGUUCCACUACUAACCCAAAGCGCUACCUGUUUUUAUAUUUAACCUGUCAUAGUUUUGUAGGGGUUUCAGUACACAUAUAGGUUGGGCAUACAUGUCAAGAUGUCUAUCAGUGCCUUCUGAUCAUGCCUUCUACUAAACCAGUACCUAACUCCUAACUCCCUAUUAUCCUGAACUCUCAGCAGCACAAUGGUGCUUUAAAACCAAAGACUAAUGUGUUGAGGCAAUAUAACAGAGUCUAGUUGACAGCACAUUUACAUUUUUCAUUGACACACUGUAGUGAGUUGCUGGAUAAUGAACUCCUGAGAGUUAAUUUCUCUAUAAAAAGCCUGCAGAGUCAUUCUUUUACCCUUGCCUCUGUGUCCAAAAUACACCACUGUGUAUGUAAACAUCAAGGACAUCAUAAUUUGAAAGGCCCUGCACUUUAGUGACAAAAUUGUAAGCAUUUGUUACAUUGAACCUAACCUAGGUUGCAGCUCCUAUUAGUUUUAACAGCAAAUGCUAAAAAGUCAAUUUAAGGGAGUGGAAAUGUAAAAAAUCUUCCUCUCAAAAUUGUCCACUUAAGAUGGUAACGGACUGAAAUUAUUAAACUUAACUGUAUCUAUAGUACACAGUACUGUCAGAGUUGGAAUGAGUAAGAUACCAAAUGUGCUCUGUUUAUUCUUUGAGAACAGUGUUGGUUUCUGUAUGUGUAAGGAGGAAGGAGUUCUCUGGAGGCAUAUGCAGACAUUUUUAGUUUGUUCACUAAAAAAAAGCCACCAAAGGACUUGGGACCAGGUGUGUACUCUGUUGAGAGGAAGGAAAAGGUUGAAUGAGUAGGAGGGAACAUAGUGGGCAAGGGAGGAACUGAUGUUUGCAAACAGACAGUUUUUAUCACUGGGCUCCUUUUCCACUGGGGAGCAUGGCCUCUGAGCUGCUAAGGAUAAUGUGUGCAUGCGUAUGUGUGUAUAUGAGAGUAAGUGAAUAUAUGCUUGUAGAUGCAAGAAUUACAGCACUAUUAUCCCUUUAUAUUGGCAACAACCCUCUGGCAUAUUAACACAG